AUGCAAGAUGAUGAGCUCGAUUGGGGAUCGUUAAUGUCUCCGAAUGGUCUCGAUCACGAACUGAUGAGCUAUUCUCCAUUGAAGAAGUUGUUGUCUGCAAUCAUCAAGAAGGUGUCAUCCCAUGACACUCGUUUUUCUCAAAUGAACGACAAGUUGGAUAAUACGAAUGCAAAUGUAAAAGAAUUGCACGAUCGAUUGAAUAAUACCAGUGAACAAGUCUCGGAAUCGAACAGAAAAAUCGACAAAGUGUUGGAAGAACAAGCAAAUAUGAAAGAAAUAUUUAUGAAAAAAGAUAACUCUGGUGACAUUAGUUUAUUAGAAGAAAAACAAAAGGAUUCUGCAAAAAAACUAAUGGAGCAAAUAAUGAAGGUGGAGAAGGAGUUAGAGGACAUGAAGCAUGGCGUCCAAGCUUUGAAUGAAAAGCAUGAAGAUUCAAUUAAUAAUAUGGACAAACUCGUCUCACAAAAAUUGAAAGAGUUAAACCAUUCUUCAUCCCAGCAGCAACAAACGUCAACACGUCCAAAACAUCUUGAAAGAGCUAACAGCAAACAAAAUUCUAUGAACAAAGAUUCAAACAAGGAUUCUUCAAGUCACUCUUCAAGUCCUCGUGUGCAACCUGAGAGACCCAACAGCUCAACCUCAACCACUCGAAAUACCCCAACAGCAAAUAGAAUUACUUCUCCCGAAAGUCAGUCAAGCACUCCCACCAGCUUAUUGUCAACUCUUAAAGAUCUGAAUGUGGUAUCUAAACCAAAUGAAGAAAAAACUGUACAGCUUUUUGAUGCAGGUGAUGGAGAAGAAGCAAACACUUUCCAAUCUGUUAUUCUUUCUCUUCCAAAGCACGGAAAACUUGCUCAAUAUCAUGCUGACAACCAAUCCAAUCCACCAGGUAUAGACAAAGGCGAAACCAAGUCAUCCACCACGUCGUCUGUUAUUAAUUUCGCUCCUGCAGCAGUUAUUGAUCCAAACCAUCGUAUAAAUGUUUCAACAGAAACAGAUGUCGAGGACGUUGUUGACCCAUUUAUGUACAAUGUAUAUGAUGUUAAAAACGAUGUUGACAGAGCUCACAUUUCUCGUGUAAAAGGAGUCUUGGUCACUCAGCUGAACGAUUUGCAAAGAGAGUUGGAAAAUGCAAAGUCUAAAGAGAGUGAAGACAUUAAUAAGGUAUUGGAUGAGAUGAGGAAUAUUCGACAACAAGUGGAAGCAAUAGAUAGAAAGCUUCAAGCAGCUGAUAGGUUAAAACAAAAGAAGAGAACAUCUAGGACAUCUACUCCAUCCGAAAGAAACAGGGUCACCUCUGAAGAGCCAAGUGAAGACAGAGAAGGAUUAAUAUCAGUGGAUCUCGAACAGGGACGAAAUGUUAUGGUGUAUAUUCCAAAGAAUGAGCAAAGUGAUGCAGUCAGUGACUCAAUUAACGAGUUACUGGGAAAAAUUGAUUAUCUUGAAAACAAGAUUGCAGAAACAAACAUUAGAGUAUCAGCUUUGGAGAAUAGAUCACCAACUCCAAUGGAUAUUAAUCAGUCUGCUCUGCUCACACACACACAAGAAACAUCUUCCCCAGUUGUACAAACACCAAUUCAGAACUCUCUUGACGCUGAAGAAGAGAGUGCAACGCUCAAAGAUUUGAAAAAGUUAGAAAAGAAAAUAAUGUAUUACAUUACAACUCAUGAUAUGGCAGGAGAUUUGAAUAAUCAAGUACAAGAGAUUCAAAAACAAAUAGAGUCUCUCGAAGCAAAACUUGACCAGAAAUGUGAUAGUCUGACAACACCAUCCUAUCAACAAUUCAAGGACAUAGAGGAUAUGGUUCUACGAAAAGUAGAUAGAGAUGAAUUCCAUUCCAUUGUUGAAAAACUUAAAGCUGAAACGGACAAGGCAACCAGUCAACGACCAUUAACUCCAGAAGAUAAGAACGACAAGAUGCUCAAGUUUGAAGGCACGUUUGAUCAGUCUGACUUGAAACGGAUAAGAGAUUCAAUUAAUACUCUUGCAGCUCAAGUUCAGCAACUCAGCAAAAUGAAAGCAGACAAGAUUGAAGUUUUUAAGGAACUCAGCGAAAAAAAGGAAGCCAUUGACAGGUUGGACCAAACAAAGUCAGAUGCAAAUAUUGUCGCGAGAAAAGCUGAACGAGAAUAUGUUGAUUCAUUGUUUAACAAGAUGAAAAAAGACCUCGAGAAUAUCAUUGCGUUAACUAAUUCUCACACAGCAGAUAUGCUUGCCAAGGAUUUGGAAUUUUUAAAGAAGUUAAUUGAAGAUAAGGCAGAUAUCGAUGAACUGAAACGAAUUAAGGAUUUCCUUACACAAUCCUUUGAUACCAAAGUAGAUAAGGAUGGAGAAGGGCUGGCUUCAAGUCAAGCGUUCAAAUGCCUCUCGUGCAAUAGAGCCAUGAAAGGUAUGAAACUAAAACCAAACGCUUUGAAUUUUGACAAUUUUGUGAGCCAUUUGCCUCCUCCUAAACCAAAAGUCAAUCCAAGAAAACAAUUCCUCAAUGAGUCUCUUAAUGCAAAGUCAUCCGUUCAAAUACCUUCCUCUGUGUUGGAUAUGUCACAACGAAGUCGAUCCGGCGUUGAACAUUUACCAGAAAUCAAAAAGAACAGUCCUAACAACAGCCAGUCAUUGUAA